GAAUUUCCUGCGGGACGCGCUGUUCUCCGGCGGAUCCCAGAGCCCGUAUUCCCGAGCCUCGCGCGGCCACAUCACCUUCAGCCAGCUGCUCUCGGAGCUGGAUUCCGGCUGCCGCCGUCGCGCCCAUUCCUUGGGAAUCGCCAUUCCCGAGGGAUUUUCCGUCUCCCGGCCGUUCCAGGAGCUCCGGGAGCGGGCGCGGAUCCAGGGCCGGAUGCUGAGGGCGGCCGGGAUCCUGAGCAGGAACGGAUUCCGGACGUGCAUCCUCACCAAUUCCUUCCUGGACGACUCCGGCUCCGGGAAUUUCCCUCCGGCCGCGCUCCGGCGGCGCCUCCGGAGCCACUUCCAGCUGCUGCUGGAAUCCUGCCGGAUCGGGAUGAGCAAACCGGAUCCCGGGAUUUACCGCCACGCCCUGGAGCAGCUCCAGGCACAGCCACGGGAGGUGAUUUUCCUGGAUGAGCUGGAGGAAAACCUGGAGCCGGCUCGGGAAUUGGGAAUGGCCACGAUCCUGGUCCGGGACACGGAAUCCGCUCUCCGGGAUCUGCAGGAGCUCUCCGGGAUCCAGCUCCUGAGCCCGGAGGAGCCGCUGCCGACCCCGUGCGCUCCGGACGACGUCGCCCACGGAUACGUCUCCAUCCGGCCGGGAGUUCGGCUGCACUUCGCGGAGCUGGGCCAGGGCCCCGUGAUCUGCCUGUGCCACGGAUUCCCGGAAUCCUGGCUCUCCUGGCGCUUCCAGAUCCCGGCCUUGGCCGACGCCGGAUUCCGGGUGAUCGCCCUGGAAAUGAAGGGAUACGGAGAAUCCACGGCUCCGCCGGAUAUCCCGGAAUAUUCCCAGGAGCAGAUCUGCAAGGAUUUUGUGACUUUCCUGGAUAAACUGGGAAUUCCGAGGGUGAUCCUGGUCGGGCACGACUGGGGCGGCGCCGUGGCCUGGAACGUGGCCCUGUUCUAUCCCGAGCGGCUCCGAGCCGUGGCCUCGCUGAACACUCCGUACCGCCCGGCCGAUCCCAACACGGAUAUCAUGGAAAAGUUGGAAUCUCAUCCCGCCUUCGAUUACCAGUUCUACUUCCAGGAGCCGGGAGUGGCGGAAGCGGAGCUGGAAAAGGACGUGGGAAGGACCCUGAAGAUCCUGAUCCGCUCCUCGAGCCGGGAGGAUCGCCUGCCCGGAGGCCUCGACAUGAGCAGGGUCCGCGAGAGAGGGGGGCUCCUGGUGGGAUUCCCGGAAACCCCCCCCGGCAGCCGCCUGCUGCCCCCUCCGGAGCUGGAAUAUUACAUCCAACGGGGGCUCCUGGUGGGAUUCCCGAAAAACCCCCCCGGCAGCCGCCUGCUGCCCCCUCCGGAGCUGGAAUAUUACAUCCAACAAUUCCGGAAAUCUGGAUUCAGGGGUGCCCUGAACUGGUACCGGAACAUCAGAGCCAACUGGGAAUGGGCCCUGCGCGCCCGACACCGCAAGCCGCGUCUCCCGGCGCUGUUGGUGACGGCCGGGAAGGAUCCGGUGCUGGCGCCCGCCCUCAGCCACGGCAUGGAGAGCUGGGUGCCGCGGCUGCAGCGGAAGCACAUCCAGGACUGCGGCCACUGGACCCAGCUGGAGAGGCCGGCCGAGGUGAACCGGAUCCUUCUGGAAUGGCUGGAGCAGCUCCCCCCGGAUCCUCCUUUUCCCGGGAAUUCCAAGCUUUGA